CCAUAGAAACGGCACAACUCCAAAAGUCUGUAUCAAAAUAAUACUUCAAAUUGAAAUUUAUGUUGUAAAGAAUAUUAUUCGAUUUUUCGAUAACGUUAAUCUCUCUUAUUUCAAAAAUAAGUUAGAUAUGUGGGUUUAUGGGUAGUGUCUGGCAAGGAUCAAUUCCUACAGAAAUUGUUUCAGAAAUUUUCAAGUAUUUAACAAAAAAUGACAAACUGUCAUGUUCGAUGGUUUGCCAAAAAUGGAAAGAAGCUUUAGAUCGAAGGGAUUUAUGGAAACAAAUUGUAAUAUGUGUGGAUCAAGACUUUUUGGAGCCCAGCACGACUUUAAUGACACAAAAAUAUUUGAGACAUAUUAAAAAUUUGGAAAUCGGUUGGGAAAAACCACUCAUUCAGAAUCGAUGGUUACCGUUGAAGGUUCACGAACUUACCAAAAGGGUUGUUAAAUACAUAUUUAGUUUAAUCGAAAACGAUGUUCAAGUGGAAUGCUUCAAAAUUUUCGAAUGGUAUGAUAUAUAUCCUUUCAAGAAAAUCAUAUACCACCUGUCCAGAUUUCUCAAAACUCAAAGGAAAUUGCGUUCGCUGAUAUUCCGAAAUGCCAAUUUACCAAAAAGUGAAUGUUUGAAAAUUUUCGAAGCAUGUGUAAUGUCCAAAUAUACCAUAAAAUCAUUAGAAAUCCGGAAUAACCUUUACAUAUACAAUACGGCCUUUGACACACCAGAGUUCGUUGUUCAUUUGAAAGAAUUCGUCUUUCUACAAGAAUUGAAAUUGGAUUAUUUCAUCUUGUCACGGCCCAGAGUCAUAGAUGUUUUGGCAGAAAAUGGUCAGAAUUAUUUACGUCUUUUGGAGUUAUUCUUUGACGAAACUGAUUUAGAGAGUAUCAUAAUCCCAGAAAGGAAAUGGAAGAAGCUCAAGCAGAAGUGUCCAAAGUUGAAAGUUUCUAUAUCGAUAAGAAACGUUUGUCAUUACGAACAAAUUGAGUUCAUUUUCCUGAUGGAGGAUAUUCCUCUGAGUUCUUUCUCACUGGUAACCAACAGCAGGUACAAUCAGAGAAGAAGCCGUGAUUUCGAAAGGACCCUUUUGAGACUUAUUAAUAACUACCACGAAUCAUUAGAAUGUGUGAAAUUGGAUUUGAAAAACAAUAAAGAAAACUUGGACAACUUGCUGAUUGAGAUAAUUCUGAAAUGUCCCAGAUUGAAGAAAUUACUCUUUGAUGGGAUAAUCUCUGAUGAUAUGAACCUGUUUCGGGAAAUUUGUCUAUAUCGGAAAAGUGCUCGAGGUCUCCACGUGAAACUUUUACCGCACAAAUACAAAUCCAUAACAAAUAUAAUACAUAUGUUUUCCUAAUAAAUAAAAUUUUCAUUAUUA